GGUAUCUUGAGAAUAUUCUCCUGUGAUUCGUUACUUGAUCCGGAAGAAGAGAUAACAAGCGUCACUUGCGAUUGGAUCCUAUCAUAAGGGCGGUGCUUUAACGAGCCAGUCACUUUGGCAACCGGACGUGACGAUCCCGGAAGCCGCUAACGGAGCUUUGCCCGGCUGGCGGCUUCGGUGGGCGGGGUCGGCCGAGCUCGCAGGGCACAGUCUUCUCCACUGACCCGGCAUUGCUAGGGGCGGUGCCAUUAAGGCCACGCCUUCCGUCUUAACUCCGGAUGGCUCUGGAGAGAAGUCGUAGGCUCGCGGGGGCGGAGACUGGGCCGCUCCUCUCAGAGGCUAGGGCCCCAGCGGCGUCGUCAGCCGCUUUGAUUCUUCCGGUUUCUGGUGGCUGCGUCGCCUCCUUCUGAAGGCUGGGAAUACGCCCUCUCUAGCCCCUGCUGUCUCCCUCCUUUCAGCAUCGAACCUGAGUUGCUCCGGGACACCUCCCGCCCAACAUUCUUUCGCUCAGGUUCUCGCCCUUUGGAGGACCUCGGCCCCCCAUUGCCCACUUUCCUGGAUGUGCUGGCCCCUCCCACCCCUCUAAAAUGUCCAAUAACCUACAGAGGGUCUUCCUGAAACCCGCAGAGGAAAAGUCAGGCAACGCCUCGCAGUGUGUUUCAGGCUGCAUGUACCAAGUAGUUCAGACGAUUGGCUCGGAUGGAAAAAAUCUUCUGCAAUUACUUCCAAUUCCUAAUUCUUCUGGAAAUCUUAUACCGCUAGUUCAAUCUCCAGUCAUGUCUGAUGCUUUGAAAGGGAAUACAGGAAGCCCAGUUCAAGUUACUUUUCAGACUCAGAUUUCCAGCUCUUCCACAAGUGCAUCAGUUCAAUUGCCCAUUUUUCAGCCAGCCAGUUCUUCAAACUAUUUUCUUACAAGAACAGUAGAUACAACAGAAAAAGUUAGAGUUACUUCUGUGGGAACUGAAAAUCUUACCUCAUCAGUUUCUAAAGUUCAGAGUCAUGGUGUGAAAAUUGAUGGACUCACCAUGCAAACAUUUGCUGUUUCUCACUCCUCAACACAAAAUGAUUCACCUUAUAUUUUAGUAAGUACUCAGAGUCUUCCAAUGACUGUGAAGUCUCCAGUUUUGCCUUCUGGGCAUCAUUUACAGAUUCCUGCCCAUGCUGAAGUGAAAUCUGUACCAGCGUCUUCAUUGCCUCCUUCAGUUCAGCAAAAGAUACUUGCAACUGCAACCACAAGUACCUCAGGAACAGUUGAGGCCUCCCAAAUACCAACCGUUAUUUACGUAUCUCCUGUAAAUACAGUGAAAAAUGUAGUUACCAAGAACUUUCAAAACAUUUACCCAAAACCUGUUACAGAAAUAGCAAAGCCAGUGAUACUAAAUACCACACAAAUUCCAAUGAAUGUUGCUAAAGAGACACAAUUAAAAGGUGGUCAGCAUUCUCAAGCUGCUCCUGUGAAAUGGAUUUUUCAAGAAAAUCUACAGCCUUGCACUCCAUCUCUUGUUCCUGUUAAGUCUUCAAAUAAUGUGGCUUCAAAGAUUUUAAAAACUUUUGUAGAUAGGAAAAGUUUGGGAGAUAACACUAUAAAUAUGCCAUCAUUGAGUGCUGUCAGUCCUAGUGGGACACAAUCCAAAAGUAUGCCUAUUAAAGAUAAUGCUUUGGUUAUGUUUAAUGGUAAAGUCUAUCUAUUGGCUAAAAAGGGGACAGAUGUUUUGCCAUCACAAAUUGACCAACAGAAUUCUGUUUCUCCUGAUAUUCCACCAAGAAAAGAUACAUCACAAAUAGUGAGUUCAAGUCCAGUCACAGAAAUAUCCAGAGAGGUUGUAAAUAUUGUUUUGGCUAAAAGUAAAUCUUACCAGAUGGAGACAAAAUCACUUUCAAAUACUCAGCCUGCUUCCAUGAUCAAUCUAAGGGCAGAGAAGAAUAAAAAAGUGGAGAAACCAUCUCUUUCUACCCCAAACCCACAUAAUAUGAAUCAAUCCAUUAACUACUUAAAACAGAGUAAGACUUUAUUCACAAAGCCAGCCUUUCCAGAUGGAUUUAGUACAGUACAAAAUGCCCCCAGAAAAGGAACUAUCAUCCAGAGCAUAGAGAAAAUAAGUUCCUCUGUUGAUGCAACAACUCUUACUUCACAACAGUGUGUUUUCAGAGACCAAGAACCAAAGAUCCAGAAUGAAAUGGCAUCAACAUUAGAAAAAGUUACUCAAGAAAGAAAUGACAAGAACUAUUCCCAAGGAGGAAGCAAUAAGGCAUCAUAUCUGAAGAAUGAUGCAGAAUUAAAAAAAAUAUUUGGUCUCACUAAAGAUUUGAGAGUGUGCCUUACUCGGAUUCCUGAUCAUCUGGGCUCUGGAGAAGGUUUUGAUUCCUUUAGCAGUUUGGUGAAGAGUGAUACUUACCAAGAGACUGAGUUGAUAGUGAAGGAAGACAAGAAAAAACAGGGUUUUGAUAAGAAAAGAAAAGCAAAAACCGGUAAGAAGAUGGAUCACACAAAGAAGAGAAAAACUGAGAGUGUUUAUAACACAGCUGUAAAUGGAGGAACCGAUGUCACCAGUUCCCAACUCGUCAACAGUAUUUUACCAGCUUCAGAUGUAUCACACCAUAACAUUCUCACAAGCCGCAACAAAACCAGAGAAGAAAAGAGAACUGAGGUUGAACACUAUACCCCUGAGAACCAGGAAAAAGGCACAUUGAGUUCAAAUACAGCUUUUGAACAAAGUCAUUCCUUUAAUAAAAGUUAUACUGAAGAUAUUUUCCCCAUGACGCCACCAGAAUUAGAAGAAACUAUUCGAGAUGAAAAAAUAAGAAGACUUAAGCAGGUGCUGAGAGAGAAAGAAGCAGCUCUUGAAGAAAUGCGUAAGAAGAUGCACCAAAAAUAAUAAAAUGUUGCUAUACUUAAAGACUGCAGUGAAAUAGCUGUGUGUUUUUUUCAUAUACUUUUUCCUUAGGUUAAUUAUAGAUGCAUUCUGAAAGUGUCUUUGAAUAUGAAACUUGUUUUUUUGUCAGUUAAUGAUUGAAUUUUAUUUAAGGACUACAAAAAAGGUUGAUUCACACAUGAGUCUUGUGAAAAUCUACAUGGGGUAUCUGAAUCUUUGUCUAGAUUCCUUUUUUGGAAGGAAAAAUUUUCUAUUUUUCUAUUAUUUUAAUUAGAAUUCCCAAAGUUUGAAUAUUUGUGCAAGGUUUUUUUUUUUUUUUAUUGUUUGCAUCUUUAGCUGAAGUGCUCAGGUGUUAUUCCAACAGUAGAUAAUUACUGUAUACUACUGAAUUAUACAAUGCAAGGGAGGAAAUGAGCUCUAAGCUUAGCCUUGCCAGUGGGCUUAUAUAUGUACUCGAUCUGUAUCCAUAAAAUAAUACAAUUGUAAAUUUUUUUAUUUUCAUGAAAGAAAAUGUAUUAUAGCAGUAUUAAAAAUACAAACAUUUCUCAGAGUGAGGGACACUUGUUUUGUGGCUUUUACAAAGUAGUUUUUUGUAAUCCAAAAUGGGUUUUCGAAUCCAGGCUAUAUAAUGUAUUGUUUGCUUACAAAGUGAUACGUUAUUAUUCCUAGGUAAAUGCUUUUCAUUCUCCUCCUCCUCUUCUUUUUCUUCUCCUCCUUUUUUGGAAUAUGUACAUAUGUAAUUGUGAAAAGUAAAUCUGAACAAUGGCCACAUUUAAUACUUUUUAAAAUUGUAAAGUGUACUUUUUCUUAAUGGAGGCAAACAUUUUUCUGUCUGAUUGUGUUUGCUUCGGAGACUUUGGGAAUUGUGUGGGGAUAGGGAUUAAUGGGAAAAAGGAAAAGUUUACCGAAAAAAAAAAAAAAAGACAAAUCUCCAGAAGUAAGGACGUAUAAAACCUAUACAUACUGAGAAGGGAGCAGAACAAAUGCGAACUGAUCAACUAAAUUCUCCUGCCUUUUAUUGUUUUUUUUCUUGUAACAGUUUUUUUGAGAUAAUUCACUUAGCAUAAACUCACCCUUUAAAAGUAUACAAUUCAGUGGUUUUUAUUAUAUUCACAGAAUUGUGCAACCAUUAACAUGACCUAAUUUUAGGACAUUUUCAUCACUCCCCAAAGAACCUCAUACCCUUUAGCAGUCACUCCCCAGAUCCUCCACCCCCAGCCCUAGGCAACCACUAAUAUAGUUUAUGUCUCUAGGGACUUGUGGAAAUUCAUAAGCAUGGUAGGAGUUAUUCAGUAUGUUUUCUUAUGUGAUUGGUUUUUUUCACUUAGCUUAAUGUUUUCAAGUCUCAUUGGUGCUGUAGCAUAUAUUAGUACUUAAUUCUUUUUUUAAAUUGCUGAAUAGUAUUCCAUUGUAUGAAAAUACCACACUUUGUUUUCCAUUCAUCUGUUUAUGGACAUUUGGGUUGUUUAUGCUUUUGGCUUCUAGGAUUUUAUGUUGCUAUGAAUAUUUGGGUAUAAGUUUUUAUGUGGACAUAUGAGUGUAUACUUGGGACUGUAAUUGCUGGAUCAUAUCCUAACUCUGUUUAAUGUUUUAUGGAACUGCCAAACUAUACAUAGUCAGAUAUUUCUUAUCCUCCUCCACCAAAAUGGAUCUUGUCAAAAACGCCAGUGACUUCCAUGUUGCUUCAUUUAUCAUGGGAAAAAACAAUUUCAUGUAUCAUUGCCUCCUUUGAAAAAUUUUAAAGUGUUUUAUUAAAGAAGCAGUAUGUAUGCAUUGUAGAAAAUUUAAAAGUACAGCAAGCUAAAGUAAUAAAAAUUGAAGCUUCAUAUUCUCAUCACACUAUAAAA